GUGUUACAUCGGAUAUAUAAGCGUAGGAGUUUAACGCGACGGAGUUUACGGCAACGGGAGUUGGACUGCUGGGGCAUCAUUCACAAUUGGAAUUUAUGGGACGGCGGGUUUUGGUUUGGUGGGUACUACAGGCGGCAUCAUGUCAGUCAGGCGAGACAUCAUUUUGGGAACAAUCACCGGUUCGCGUUGGGCAUAUAGCAAAUCGCCUCGAAAAAGGCACGAGGCGUGCACGGCCCCUGGGCCGCAUAGGUCCCCCUCCUUUUUUCUUCUCGUCAGGAGCUCGGACUUAUUCUUCAACAUGCCCGUAUUGUAGGCCGAGCCGCCUUCGCGCUGCGUUCUAUACCGCAGUGUAAGUGGCCUCGAGGGAGAUCCUAUUGUUUUUGCGAGUACUACAGCACGGCUUGAAUAGAUGGGGUGGUCGAGUUGA